GGGCUGUCGGGGCUGUCGGGGCUGUCGGGGCUGUCAGGACCUUCGGCCCCGGUGCAGCUCGGGCAGGCGCUGGGCGUUGGCACCUGGAUGCUGAUGGACCCUGGCACAGUGUGCGUGGCUGGCGCACGGAGCCUCUCUACACUGCUCGCUGCCCUCUGGGACUCGCUGGCUGGGUCUGUUCUCAGUGCCAGGGAACUGCUGGCCCCGUUCCUGGCGCACGUGGCCACUACAGCCCCUGCCGUGGCCAUCCGACUUUGGCUGCACUUCCAGCACCUCUAUUCUGCCACUGUGGUCUUCAUCAAUGUCUACUUCGUCGUCUACAACCUGGCUGUUGUGUGUCACAGUGGUGCCCAGAGCCUCCACACGCUGUUUGUCACCCUCUGGGACUCACUCCCCCGUCUCAUUUUCGGGGUCACUGACCUACUGGCAGUAUUCCUAGCACAUGUGUCCAGUGGUGCCAUUGCCAUAUCCAUGCUGCUCUGGUGGCCCUGCCACAUGGUCUUUCAGCUCCUCUGCUUCAUCACCAAGGUCUUCAUCAGCAUCUGGGUUCUGGUCAGCAACCAGGUCAAGAGCCUGCUCAGCCUGUGCCUGAUGGGCAGUCAGUACCUGUCCACACUGCUGGCCAUCCUCUGGGACUUUCUGUCCAGUCAGAUUCUCAGGGUCACCAGCGUGCUGGUGAUGGUCCUGGCGUACGUGUUCAGGGUCCUGUUUUUCCUGCUGUGGUUGCCCUUCCAGCUGGUUGUCCUGCUCCACUCCUUCACCACACAGAUCAUCACCAGCAUCUUCCUUGUCGGUGUUUACAUGCUGGGGUCGCCCUUGCGCAUUGCAUUUUCCAUUGUCAUUUUCAGAUUCAUUUACUACAAACGGGAGCUGCUGUGGGUGCUGGCAGUGCAGGCGCUGCACUCCUUCCACCGCCGGCAGUGGGAUGUGAGGUGGCUCUGCCAGGUGACUGUGUGGAAACUGGGCAUGAUGACCCUGGGCAUGGCCAUAAUGACCCUGGGCAUGGCCGGGUGGACCCUGUGGGUGGCCAUGACCUCCCAACCCUGGCACAGGAUGGUGGACUGGGUCGUGGAGGUGACCAGCAGGAGCCAAGCAGGCAGGAUGAUGACCCAUGGAAGGAACCAGCUAAAUGCAGGGCAGGGGCCACAGCCACGUGCUGCUCUGAGCCAUCCCCAGACACCCAGGGAGGAGCCAGGCACGUCCUGGUGGAAAGCCCCAAGGAAACAGCAGCUGAAUGCGACAACCAGGAACGCUGAGGGAACCCCCGACAACGACCCCUGGGUGCUGCUGAAAGAACAAGAGGAGCGUAAGAAAUGUGUCAUCUGCCAGGACCAGACCAAGACAGUCCUGCUGCUGCCCUGCAGGCACCUGUGCCUGUGCCAGGAGUGCACAGAGGUGCUCCUGCAGCAGGACAUCUACCAGCGCAACUGCCCCCUGUGCCGCCAGGUGAUCCGGGACACUGUCACCGUCUACCUGUGAGCCCACAGGAGGUUUUGGACUGUUUUCCCAGGAAUUCAAGGGCACUCCUGUCUGCACUUCCCAGAGCUGCCAGGAGCAGCUUCCAAAGAACUGGAUGGUGCUGGAAGGGCAGAACACUGUGGGGUGUCUGCUGGUCUCAUUUGCUGCCUAACUAGGUUGUAGCUCUUGCUAGCAAGCACAAUACUGAUCUCUGCAGCAAGCUG